GGCUCCUUCAGCCAUCGGGAAGUGCGAAAUAGUCGUUCGACACCCCUAGCCCCCCACCCCACCCUGCCGCGGUGCUCGGCUGGGCCCGGGAGCUUCCCAGCCUGUCCCUCCGGGAGCUCAAGAUCGGUGCGGACAUUGGCGAUCAACCGAGCCACGUACCAGCGCGGUGGGGCGGACUGUUAGACAGCCCCCGGCCCUCGCCCGCCAGCCUGCGAACUCUACCGAGGGUCACUGGCACCCAGCCGAGGGUCGCUGGCACCCAGACUCAGACAACCCCUCCACGACGUGCCUGCAGACAGGGAUUCUCAGGCUACUCUGUUCCUUUCUAAUUCUCAACCUUCGCACCUGUCUUCCCCAGGUCCCCUCCCUGAUCACCUUCCGGGUCUCUCAGGGUCAGCUCCUUGGUCGCAUGUCCCACCCCUUCACUCACCGCUAUCUUGACUACACCCGUCUGCCGUUCUGAACGCUUUUCGGUUCCACACGUGGGCCUCCUCGCUGGCCUCAACCUUCACACAACCUGUUCCCUCUUCAGGAGCAUUCUUCGUUUGGGAACACCUGCUCGUCUUCAAAUGUUGCCUCAGCAUCACCUCCUUUGGAAAGCUUACCUUGACUUCCCUUGCUAGGUCGGGUUCCCAGCCUCUGAGACUCGUCCUCGCUGGUUUUCACUUAGGAUUUUAAUGUCUGAUUCCCACUGGAAUCAGCUUACUCAGGGACCACUCCUGUCUUUUUGUCUUCUAUUUUCUAUAGUAAUUUUUAAUUAAAAUAUUUUUAAACGAAGGAAAUUUACAUCAGUUGAUUAAAUUUUAGGUAGAAACUAAAAUACAUAAGUUCUAAAAAACACUAUUUGCACUUUAAAGUUUAGAGCCUGUAUUUUUUAACAAAUACAGCCAUAUUAGUUAGUUGAUGAAUCAGAACUUUGACCUUCCCCUCCCCUCUCCAUCUCUGCAGGAAUACCGAGGUUGGUCUUUACCCCUGAUCUGUAAUCAUGACUCUUCAUGUGUUGUCUGUUUUUCUUCUCUCCUGCAUCUCUCUCCCUCUCCCCCACUCUUGCAUAGCCCUAAUAUAAAAGAGAAUAUAAUUAUAUGUAUUUUAUUAUUUGUAUCUGCUGAAUCUUUCACUAUUUUAUAUUUUUAAAAUUUAAAGUGUGGAUGCAGAAAAUGAGGAUAGAGAGAUUGUUUUUUAUUUCUUUCUUUAAAUGUGAAACUGCUAUUUACUUGAAAAUGGUUGCCCCCAAAAUACGAACCUUUUUCAUCGGAGGUCAGUUGUGCUUAAUAGAAAGUAUUCUAUGUUGGACUAGAAAAUAUAUCUGGAGCAAUAGUCAAGAGGAGGCUUCUUUUAUUGUUAGAUGCACCACACACAGCUUAAGGGAGCGUGAGACUAGAAUUCUGCACUCUGCCUCCCCACGAUCCCACGUCCUCAGGUGAGGCCUCCCCCCCUUAGGGUCUCUGAUCUUUGUCAAGAACCAUUCGGGGGCUGUGUGUAGAAGAAGGGGCACUGCCCUUGAGCUUGCAUCCAACUCUGCUGCAUUCAAGCUCAGCGACCUUAGGCAGGUCCUGUGACUCUCCUUCCCUGUGGUACAAGGGAGGUGAUGUUAUCGAGAUCGCAACAUUGCGUGGUGCUCCAAGGAUAGGGGCUAUGCAGGGGCUCCACUCGGCUUGGCUCCUGCCUUCCCCAGACCAGGGGAACCUGAACCGAGAACCACUCUAGGCCAUAGACAUGGCAUAAGGAGGCAGGGGUGAGGACAGAGAGCACCACUCAGGCUCUUCCAAAAUCGAAGGGUCCCCUUGCUUCUGGAUGCUGUCUUAUGGUGAAGUACAAGCAGAGGGGAAGUGAGACUACGCUGGUGACCCCCAUGGGAUCCCUCCCGGCUCCCCGCAGUGGGGCCGGGGUACACGGGGAACGAGGAGACUCGGCCUCCACAGCCCCAGGAGCCUCAGCAGAGACGUGUAUCCAGGCCUCUUAUUCCCAGUGGUGAGACGGCCCCUGCCCCGACUUCCCCUGGCCGGGGCAUCAGACUGAGGGUGUGGUGAGAGGCCUGAUUCCUGUAGAAGCCACCACGCGUGUGCAUCUGUGUAUGGGGAUGGGGCAGCCACAUCACCAAAGGGAACCGAAAGAAGCUCAGGGUGACUGGUGGGGAGAGAAGGUGGAGAUCCAGCAGGCAGCUGGACAAGACCCCCUCCCAACUCUGGACCUGCCCCCCUCAGCACAGACCUGGGCAGAUGACAGCUGGCUUUGCCCCCAGUACCUCCCAUGCAGGAGACCCAUCCCCUCAGUCUGGGCUGUCGGGCUUCCCCAGGCUGGCCUGGUCCUCAGAUGUCCUUCUGUUUCUAGGAACUUGCUGGCGAGACACUGGGCACUGGACUCCAACAGGGCUGAGUCACACCCUGGCUCUACCACUCGGGAAUUGUGUGACUUUGAGCAAACCUCGGACUCUCUUGGAAGCCCCAUUUCCUGCCUGUAAGACUAUUCUCCUCCCUUUCUCCUGGAGCAGCACUUCCAAAGCUGCAGGGAGGCUGACGUGACCUGACAGCUUGUCCAGGGGCCAUCACCGGUGGUGGAGGUUGGGGUGAGAUGGGAAGAAGAAAGGGACACCUGCUCAGCAAACUUUUGCUUCCAGCCACCAAAGGCAGAGCGAAAACCAAGCUGCUGCUAUUGACAGUACAACCUGAAGGAGGUGGAGCCGUCCCCAGGGAGCCUCUGGGGCUUGCUGACAUCCACGACUACCAGCUGCAGGCGCCGGCCCACUCCUCAGCCCCUGCUGGGGCCCCCCAGGAGCGGUGGCGCCCCCUGGAGGAACGACUAGGAAGGCUGGAGGCUGAGGUCACGGAGCUCAGAGAACAGAACAAAGACCUGCAGGGGAGGGUGAGGCAGCUGGAGUCCUGUGAAUGCCACGUGGCUUCGCCCCAGUGCUGGGGGCUGGGUCGGGCCUGGCCCGAGGGGGCUCGCUGGGAGCCUGAUGCCUGCACAGCCUGUGUCUGCCAGGACGGGGCUACACACUGUGUCCCCCAGCCUGGGCUGCCCCAUUGCCAUGGCUGCAGCCACAAUGGUCAGGCCUAUGGCAAUGGGGAGACCUUCGCCACAGAUGCCUGUACCACCUGCCGCUGCCUGGAAGGAGCCGUAACCUGCACCCAGAAGCCAUGCCCAAGAGGACCCUGCCCGGAGCCGGGAGCGUGCUGCCCGCACUGCGAGCCCGGCUGUACUGGAGGCCACAGGAGUGGGGAAACGUGGCAACUGGAGCCCUGUGUCAUCUGUACCUGUCAGGCAGGGACGGUGCAGUGCCAGGGGCCCUCAUGCUCAGAGCUCAACUGCCUGGAGAGUUACACCCCACCUGGGGAGUGCUGCCCCAUCUGCCGGCCAGGUGACCUCCCCCCCACCCUGCCCCGUCGUCCCCUCGGCCCCAGAGGGUUCCGUACCUACUUGGGGUCCUGCCUUCCCUCGGGUAAUGUCCACCCACCCUGCUCUCUGCUGACCAGUCCGUCACGCUGGCAACCCUCCCCAGGCUGUGAGUAUGAGGGACAGCUUUAUGAGGAGGGGGCCAACUUCCUGUCCAGCUCCAACCCUUGUCUCCAAUGCUCCUGCCUGAGGAGCCUGGUUCGCUGUGUGCCCAUGAAGUGCCCGUCCACCCCCUGCCCUGGACCAGUCCUGAGGCCCGGGCACUGCUGCCCGACCUGCCAAGCCCAAGGCUGCACAGAAGGUGGUUCUCACUGGGAGCAUGGCCAAGAGUGGACCACACCUGGGGACCCCUGCCGGAUCUGCCAGUGCCUGGAGGGCCACAUCCGGUGUCACCAGCGAGAAUGUGCCAGCCUGUGCCCAUACCCUGCCCGGCCCCUCCCGGGCACCUGCUGCCCUGUGUGCGAUGGCUGUUUCCUAAAUGGGCGAGAGUACCGCAGCGGGGAGCCCGUGGGCUCUGGGGACCCCUGCUCCCACUGCCGUUGUGCCAAUGGGAGUGUCCACUGUGAGCCUCUGCCCUGCCCACCCACGCCCUGCAGACACCCAGGCAGGAUCCCUGGGAAGUGCUGCCCAGUCUGUGACAGCUGUGAGUACCAGGGACACCAGUAUCAGAGCCAGGAGACCUUCAGACUCCAAGAGAGUGGCCGCUGUGUCCGCUGCUCCUGCCAGGCCGGCGAGGUCUCCUGUGAGGAGCAGGAGUGCCCGGGCGCCCCCUGCACCCUGUCUGACUCUGGCCCCCAGCUCUGCCCAGCCUGCGUGCUUGGUGGAGAGGAGUUUGCUGAGGGGGUCCAGUGGGAGCCUGAUGGUCAGCCCUGCACAACCUGUUCCUGUCAAGCUGGGGUGGCCGUGUGCAGGGCUUUGCUCUGCUCCCCAGCCCCCUGCCAGCACCCCACCAAGCCCCCUGGUGCCUGCUGCCCCAGCUGUGAGAGCUGCACCUACCAUGGCCAAGUGUACGCCAACGGGCAGAACUUCACAGAUGCAGACAGCCCUUGCCACACCUGCCACUGCGAGGAUGGGACCGUGACAUGCUCCUUGGUCAACUGCCCUCCCACAACCUGUGCCAGGCCCCAGAGUGGACCCGGCCAGUGCUGCCCCAGGUGCCCAGCUUCCAAGUGGCACCUCUGCAGUGGCUCUGGACUCACGGGUAGAGGGACUGUCAGCCUGCUCCUUGCACUGUCAGUCUUUGUCUCCACUCCUGCCCACCCGCCCCACCGCCCAGACUGCAUCCUGGAGAAGCAAGUGUUUAUGGAUGGCGAGAGCUUCUCCCACCCCCGAGACCCCUGUCAGGAAUGCCAGUGCCAGGAAGGCCAUGCCCACUGCCAACCUCGGGCCUGCCCCAGGGCCUCCUGUGCCCACCCGUUGCCUGGUCCCUGUUGCCAGAACAACUGCAAUGGCUGUGCCUUUGCUGGGAAAGAGUACCCCAACGGAGCAGACUUCCCCCACCCCUCCGACCCCUGCCGCCUGUGUCGCUGUCUGAGCGGCCACGUGCAGUGCCCGGCCCGCCGCUGCCCGCCCUUGCCCUGUCCAGAGCCACUCCUGUUGCCAGGAGAGUGCUGCCCGCAGUGCCCGGCCACUCCCUCUGGUUGCCCUCGGCCCGGGGGCGGGGUCCCCCUCCGCCACCAGGAGCACUUCUCCCAGCCCGACGACCCCUGCCGCCGCUGCCUCUGCCUCGACGGCUCCGUGUCCUGCCAGCGGCUGCCCUGCCCACCGGCGCCCUGCGCCCACCCGCGCCAGGGCCCCUGCUGCCCCUCCUGUGACGGCUGCCUGUACCAGGGGAAGGAGUUCGCCAGCGGCGAGCGCUUCCCUUCGCCCACUGCCCGGUGCCACAUCUGCCUCUGCUGGGAGGGCAGCGUCAGCUGUGAGCCCAGGGCCUGUGCCCCAGCACAGUGCCCCUUCCCUGCCAGGGGUGACUGCUGCCCUACCUGUGAUGGCUGCGAGUACCUAUGGGAGUCCUACCUGAGCAGCCAGGAGUUUCCGGAUCCCCGAGAGCCCUGCAAUCUGUGUACCUGUCUCGGAGGCUUCGUGAACUGUAGCCGCCGGCCCUGUGAGCCUCUGGGCUGCAGCCACCCGCUCACCCCGUCUGGGCACUGCUGCCCGACCUGCCAGGGAUGCCUCUAUCAUGGGGUCACCGCUGCCCCCGGAGAGACCCUUCCUGACCCGCUCGACCCCACCUGCUCCAUCUGCACCUGCCAGGAAGGCUCCAUGCGCUGCCAGAAGAAGCCGUGUGCUCCAGCUCUGUGCCCCCAUCCCUCCCCAGGGCCUUGCUUCUGCCCUGUUUGCCACAGACACAUGUCACCCACAGGCUGCCUCUCUCAGGGCCGGGAGCACCAGGACGGGGAGGAGUUUGAGGGGCCCGCAGGCAGCUGUGAGCGCUGUCGCUGUCAGGCUGGCCAGGUCAGCUGUGAGCGGCUGCAGUGCCCACCUCUGCCCUGCCCACUCCAGGUCACAGAGCCGGGGAGCUGCUGCCCUCGCUGCAGAGGCUGCCUGGUUCAUGGGGAGGAGCACCCUGAAGGCAGUAGCUGGGAGCCCCCCGACAGCCCCUGUUCCUCCUGCAUGUGUCAUGAGGGUGUCAUCACCUGUGCCCGCGUCCAGUGUGUCACCUCCUGUGCCCAGCCUCACCUGGGGCCCCGUGACUGCUGCCCUCCAUGCUCUGCCUGUGAGCAUGAGGGUCAGAAGUAUGAGCCCGGGGAGAGCUUCCAGCCUGGCGCAGACCCCUGUGAAGUGUGCACCUGUGAGCUGCAGCCUGAGGGAACUCCCAGCCUUCGCUGUCACCGGCGGCAGUGUCCCAGCCUGGUGGGCUGUCCCGCCAGCCAGCUCCUGCCCCCUGGGCCCCAGCAUUGCUGCCCCACCUGUGCCCAGCCGCUGAGUCGCUGCACGGAGCACCUGCGGGGGUCUAAGCUGGCCCCGCCAGACCCCUGCUACACCUGCCAGUGCCAGGACCUGACUUGGCUCUGCAUUCACCGGGCCUGUCCUGAGCCCAGCUGUCCCCUGUUGGAGCGCCAUACCCCCCCUGGGAGCUGCUGUCCCGUGUGCCAGGAAUGUGUGGUGGAAGCUGAGGGCCGGAGAGUGGCAGAUGGAGAGAGCUGGCGGGACCCCAGCGACGACUGUAUCACUUGCACCUGCCGUCGGGGCCGCGUGGAGUGCCACCUGGAAGAGUGCCAGGCCCUCUCCUGCCCCCACGGCUGGGCGAAGGUGCGGGACGCUGGCAGGUGCUGUGAGAGAUGCCAAGCCCCCGCCCAGUCGUGCGUGCACCAGGGCCGGCAGGUGGCCUCCGGGGAGCGCUGGGCCGUGGACGCCUGCACCAGCUGCUCCUGCGUAGCCGGCGCCGUGAGCUGCCAGAGCCAGCGCUGCCCGCCGCUCUCCUGCGGGCCCGACGAGGCCCCCGCCCUGCGUCCCGGCAGCUGCUGCCCCCGCUGCCUGACCCGGCCCGCUUCCUGCAUGGCCUUCGGAGACCCUCAUUACCGCACCUUCGACGGCCGCCUGUUGCACUUCCAGGGCAGCUGCAGCUACGUGCUGGCCAAGGACUGCCGUGGAGGCGACUUUAGCGUGCACGUGACCAACGAUGACCGGGGCCGGAGCGGCGUGUCCUGGACCCACGAGGUGGCCGUGCUGCUGGGAGACGUGGCCUUGCGGCUGCUGCAGGGCGGGGCGGUCACGGUGGACGGGCGCCCCGUCGCCUUGCCCUUCUUGCAGGAGCCUCUGCUAUAUGUGGAGCUGCGGGGACGCACGGUGAUGCUACACGCCCAGCCGGGGCUCCAGGUGCUGUGGGAUGGGCAGUCCCAGGUGGAGGUGAGAGUGCCUGGCUCCUACCGGGGCCAGAUUUGUGGGCUCUGUGGCAACUUCAAUGGCUUUGCCCAGGAUGAUCUGCAGGGCCCUGAGGGGCUGCUCCUGUCCACUGAGGCUGAGUUUGGGAAUAGCUGGCAGGUCCCAGAGGGGCCAGGACCUGGUCGGCCCUGUUCCAAGGGCCGUGAGGUGGAUCCAUGCCGGGCAGCAGGGUACCGUGCCAGGCGUGAGGCCAACGCCCGGUGCAGGGUGCUGAAGUCGUCCCCGUUCAGUCGCUGCCAUGCCGUGGUGCCACCAGAGCCCUUCUUUGCCGCCUGCGUGUAUGACCUCUGUGCCUGUGGUCCUGGCUUCUUGGCUGACACCUGCCUCUGUGACGCCCUGGAAGCCUAUGCCAGCCACUGUCGCCAAGCAGGGGUGACUCCUGCCUGGCGGGGCCCCACGCUCUGCGUGGUGGGCUGCCUCCUGGACCGUGGCUUCGUGUUUGAUGAGUGUGGCCCACCCUGUCCCCGCACCUGCUUCAACCAGCAUGUCCCCCUGGGGGAGCUGGCGGCCCACUGCGUAAGGCCCUGUGUUCCCGCCUGCCGGUGCCCCGCAGGCCUGGUGGAGCACGAGGCCCACUGUAUCUCACCCGAGGCCUGCCCCCCAGUCCUACUUACUGGGGACCAGCCACCCAGCACUCUGCCCAACCCCAGCCAGAAGCCCCAGGGCCAGGAACCCUGAGCCAGGACGACACCGACCAGGAUUCAUCAGGCUAGAAGUGUCCCCUCGGAGAGAAGCUCCCACACUGCCCGGGCAUCGGGAGCCUGAGUCUGGGCCCCGCAAAGGCCCCAGCCGUGUGGAGUCAGAAGCAGUAAACUCGGGAACUGCCCUAA